AUGAGUAAAGAAAAUGAUUUAUCGCCCACCUCGAGCAGUGUGGAGCUAAAUGAGAAAGCUGACACUUCCAAAAUGACGCCACAAGAGGUUAAACUGUACAAGCUGUAUGGCAAAUUGCCAUCGAAAAAAGACCUAUUCAAACACAAGCUGCAAGAGCGAAAAUACUUCGAUAGUGGCGAUUACGCUCUGAAUAAAGCGGGUGUGAAGUCUGAUGAUCUACAAUCAGCUUCGAUAAGCAAUAGCCAUUUGCCGGUAACGAACCCUAGCGGGCUCAGAGAGAGUAUUAUAAAAAGAAGACUCAGCAGCAGUGCUGGAAGCAUGGAUGCCCAAGAAUUGCGUAGACAGGGAAGCAUAUCCAGUGGGCCUCCGCCAAGAUCGCCCAAUAAGUGA